AUGGCCCUGCAACAACAAGCUAUACGUCGACGCUACUCUGUUGCCGACCGUCUGCCAGCAGACUUGGUUAUACCCACCACCUCCAAUUCGAUUUUUGAGACAGCCCCUGAUUCGACCAUUUCUUCUACUACAACCACCGCCGUCGCUGCCUCUGUCGACCCUAGAUACGUUCCUGCUCGUACGCAUAACCGUCACGGCAGCAUGAGUUCAGUCGCGGGAAUCCCCCCUCCGCCUCAAAGGGACGAAACUAUCUCCUACAGACGUGGUCACACUCGUGCGAAAUCUAGUGUAUCCAGCAUGAACCGCCAGGUCAACCGACUCUCCCUGACGCUCCCAAUUGCGCCCCCUACGAGCGAUCCCUCCCGACCAACACCAACCUCUGCCAUGUCAUCGGUUCCCCCAACGCCAAUUGACUCUACCGUUGCCUCUCCUGCUGACGCAAACGGUUUCAUCAUCGCCAUUGCUGCUCAGGAAAGACGUGUGCUCGAGUUGAGGGAAGAAUUGUCUCGUGCUGAGGCAGAGUUGACCUCACUAAAGAAGAGGUGGACUUCACAGGAGAAAAAGGGUGAUUCUAAUCCCAUUGAGGCAUACCGCAGCCCAGUUCUACCUUCAGACGACGAUGGCUCAUCGGUGAGGCGAAGCGCCGAGUCAGACCGCCGGAAACUAUUGCAACAGACGGGUGCAACCACUCCCAAUCGAAGAAGGGUCCUUCGCGGUGGACACACAAGAACCCUAUCUCUGCUAUCGCCGGCGAAGCCAGACGCAGGGUUCUCCCUCUACCAGGAUCGUGAUCACGAGCAUGAACAGGUCAAAUUACCUUCGAUAGAGCGCAGGACCGCUCAACUAACAAACCCCCUUUUAAAUAAGCGUGCCUCAUGGCAGCCACGCACACAGCAAAAUGUUCCAGGCGCUGCUCAAAUUGUUGAGGACUUUAAAUUGGGCCUCAGAGCUUUUGUCGAGGAUAUCCGUCAAAUUACUGUUGGCGACGAACCUAUCAACGGCCAGCCCGUCCGAUCCAACAGCGUCAGUGAUCGCAGCGAAACCUCCCGAGCCCAGGAUACGAUCCGACCGAAUCGCCCGCUACGACCCAAAGUGAGCACAGUGUUUGAGCCACCCCACAACAACUCUGAGACUUCGAACCUUUCAGAGGCGAAGGUAUCAACUUUAGCAACCGCGUCGAAAACGAGACCCGAGAUGCCUCCGCGGAGUAAGACCAAGUCGAAGAACAAGUCUUUUUCUUGGCAGCCUCUUGGAUUCGACUCGAUGGACGACAAUGACUGGUCUAAUUGGGAGUCCCCAGCUUCGUCGUCUAAGACGUCUCGUUGGAGCGGCUCUACUAUUGGCAGUAAUGGACUGGACGAUAUGUCUGCUACUUCGGACGAGGGAGAACCAGAGGAAUCGCCCUCCAAGAAGAAGUCGACCGGUUACGAAACUCCUCUGCUCUCCCCAAAACUCGAGGAGCUUCUGCCCAAUAUUGUCAACCAGUUCUCGCCCAGCAAUCUCAAGCGUACGGCGACAAAUUUGAUGGACGAGUGGGAAAAGUCCCUCACCGACCCCAACUACCCUCACCAGUCACACGCUCAGGAAAACACCGCCUAA